CUAUAAAUCCUCCGAAUACUGUGUGGUGUCAGCAUUACUGAUCCAGGGAUGACACCGGAGCACAGAGAUCAGACUGUUUGAGGUCUGGUCGCUACAUUGUGUGACACAAGGAAAGCCUAGCGAAUGUUCAAGCGUUAUUGCAUCAACAUCCGAAGAGUAGACGAGCCAUGUUGACCACUGUUGAUCACCUCAAGCGCCUCUGCAUCGAUCAUUAUUUCCAAGACGAGAUCGACAAUGUCAUGGAUGCAUGUGUGGAUCUCGUUCAUAGUGAUGAUCUACUUGAUGCAACCCUUUCACUGAGGCUAAUGAGAGAAGCUGGAUAUUAUGUUUCGGCAGAUGAUGUUCUUCGGAAGUUCACAAAUGAUAAUGGUGAUUUCAACCAUGGGCUCACCAAAGACAUUAGAGGGAUGUUGAGCUUGCAAGACAUGUCAUACCUCAACAUGGGAGAAUCAUCACUGUACAAGGCAAAUGAAUUCUCAGCCAAGCACCUUAGACUUGCAAUUAAGUAUUUGGAGCCAAGCCUUGCAAGAUAUGUGAGGCGGUCACUAGACCAUCCCUAUCAUGUGAGCCUGAUGCAGUACAAGGCAAGGCACCAUCUGAGUUACCUCCAGAACUUGCCCACUAGGAACACAUCAAUUGAGAAUCUGGCACUUGCAGAGUUUCAGAUUAAGAAGUUGCAGCAUCAAAGAGAAAUUAAAGAGGUUAAGAGAUGGUGGGUGGAUUUGGGAUUGGCUAAAGAAAUACCGGCUGCGAGGGACCAAGUACUUAAAUGGUACAUGUGGCCCAUGACUGUCCUUGAGGGUUUGUCCUUCUCUAGAUAUCGGAUUGAGAUCACAAAGAUCAUCUCCAUGGUCUACAUUGUGGAUGACAUCUUUGAUCUUGUCGCCACACAGAAUGAGCUCUCUCUUUUCAAUGAGGCAAUCAAAAUGUGGGAUCCUGCUGCUGCUGUUGAUUCACUCCCGAGCUACAUGAUAUCAUGUUACAAGGCUCUUUACACUGUCACAAAUGAUAUAGCCGCUAUGGUUAGAAAAGAGCAUGGACUGAACCCUAUCACUCAUAUCAAGCAAGCUUGGGCAGCUUUGUUUGAUGGAUUCAUGAUCGAGGGAAAAUGGUUAUAUACUAAUCAGGCCCCUACAUCAGAGGACUACCUAAGAAACGGUAUCGUCACUUCAGGAGCACCACUAGUAUUCCUGCAUCUUUUCUUCUUGCUAGGGCAUGAUUUUACAGAGGGCAACAAUGACCGCAUCCUUCGGAUCAUCUCCUGCACUGCAAAGAUAAUGAGGCUUUGGGACGACAUGGGCAGUGCAAAGGAUGAAUCACAAGCAGGGCUCGACGGAUCUUGCAAGGAGUUGUACCACAGAGAAAAUCCUCAUGGUGACGCGGAGAAGCACAUGCUGAAGAUGAUCGCAAGUGAAUGGCAGGAUCUGAAUAGGGAAUGCUUCUCUGGGACAAACUCAACACUAUCGCAUACCUUCAUCCGGGCGUCACUCAACUUUGCAAGGAUGGUCCGCGUCAUGUAUAGCUAUGACGAUGAGCAGAGGCUCCCCAUCCUUGAGGAUUACACCAGGAUGUUGCUCUUCUGAAUCAUGC